AUCUGGGUGCAACAAGUGGCAGAGGGGGAGAAGCAUAUAAAACGGAACCCCUGGACCAAGAUACAAAACAUUCUGUAAAGUGUGUGUCGUUCAGCACAAGUGGUUUUCCAAUUUCAACAUGAAGGCGUUCCUCUGCAUGUCAGCGUUGGUGCUGCUGGCCGCUGUUGGAGCUGAAGACGGCAAGAAAAAGCGAGGCCUGCUGGGACUGGGGUACGGCACCCUGGGAGGCUAUGGUGUCGGAAGUGGACUGACGGGGUACAGUGGUAAUGGACUGGCCGGGCUGGCUCUUCCCCCGGUUCCUUUACACGUGGCCGCGCCGGCUCCUGGUCCAGUGCUGCCCCCUCCACCGAUUUAUGGAUCACCUUAUGUAAUCGGUGCUUCCGUCCACACCACCAUCACCAAACAGGUUGCGGUCCCAGUACCACAUCCAGUGGCCGUUACUGUAGAAAAACAGGUCCCUGUACCGGUGCCUGCCCCGUACGCUGUCCCUGUGCCUCGUCCGUAUCCUGUAGCAGUGCCUAAACCAUAUGCCGUCCCCUUUGAAAGACCCUAUCCUGUCCCAGUGGACAGGCCCUACCCCGUAGGAAUCCCAGUAGCUAAGCCAUAUCCUGUCGCUGUUCCCCAUCCCGUUGCUGUCCCUGUAGCUAAGCCCUAUGCUGUUCCCGUCCCUCAACCUGUGGCCCUACCUUUUGCUAAACCUUACCCAGUACCCGUACCUCAACCCUUCGCUGUCCCGGUAGAUAAACCCUACGCAGUUCCUGUCGCAGGCAUUACGGUAGCCAAACCGAUCUUCGACCCUGUGCCUUACGGUCAUGGCUACCAUCACUGAUCCGCGAGGAAGCUUCAUGCAGCAGGGUUACGUCGGCAGUGAAUUGCAAGUCAGCAUUCCCGUACGAGAAUAACUGAAGUUGCAGUCACAUGCAGAGACCUGCCUGUCAUUCCAACCACACACCACCACCACACACGCAAGACUAUCUCCACAACGUGCAAUACAAAAAUUGUCUUGUAUUUUUAAAUCCCAUUUUAAAUAAAUUUAUUCCUUACAUUAAUCAGGGA